ACCGGUUACUAUCAGUAAUGGAACUUGGAAGUCUAGUCACAACAGCAUGAGAUCAAUAAAUCAGUUUUAUAAUAAUUCAAAAGCUUUGACUUUUCACUUUGCCUGGGGAGGCCCGGGUUAGACCCGAUUAAUGCUUACCUACUACAAUCCCGAAAGAUAUCAGUAAGAUCGUCAGUUCUGGACUGGUGAGCAUGUGCUGCCUGUGAGUACCACAGAAGCUUGAUAAAGCCGUCAUAAUAAUAUUUAUUUUAAUAUAUACAGUGAGAAGAAAAAGACCCAUCAUUCAUGUUAUUGGUGCAUGGAUUACUUACCCAAGUUAAAUAAAAUAAUACAAUAAUGGAUGAUUCAAACUCAAUCACAGAAACUCCUCCUCACAGGUUGCCUUUAUGUACAAGAUUGGCAUACAGUGUUGGACAUGUUCUCAAUGAUCUCUGUGCUUCAAUGUGGUUUUCCUAUCUCUUGGUGUACUUACAUUACGUCUUGCAGUUUAACAAUAACAUUGCUGGAAUAUUAUUGUUAAUAGGACAAGUUGCUGAUGGUCUGGCCACACCAUUCGUUGGACUAGAAUCCGACAAAAUUGACAAUUUCUGGUUAUGUAGAUAUGGAAGAAGGAAAACUUGGCAUUUGCUGGGUACCGUUUGUGUCCUGGUCAGCUUUCCGUUUUUGUUUUCCAAAUGCUUUGGUUGUUCCGAUGCACACGAAGGUGCUCAGCUAGUUUAUUAUGCAGCUUUUAUAAUCAUCUUCCAGUUUGGCUGGGCUUCUGUUCAAAUCUCUCACCUCUCCCUAAUUACUGAUCUUACUCCAGUUUCUUCUGAACGAGUGGAACUGAAUUCUUUAAGGUAUGCGUUUACUGUGGCCUCUAACAUUUCUGUUUAUGUAAUCACAUGGGUUAUUCUUGGUGUUGGAAGUACAGAUAAAGACCAUCAUCUAACACCAAGUGAUGCACCUCUGUUCAGAAAUAUAACACUGACUGUUUUAGGAGUAGGAUUUCUCUUCUCUGUGGCUUUCCAUCUGUUUGUGAAGGAAACAAACCCCCAGAGUCGUCGUCAGACUGAAGGUGAUGAAGUUGAUUUUGAUCUCGAUCACUUGAGACAUCUGACAUGGAAAGAAUGGUUCAGAGAACCACAGUUUUACCAGAUUGGUCUGCUCUACAUGGGCACGAGACUGUAUGUUAAUCUUUCUCAAGUUUAUACACCGCUCUACCUCCAAGACUCACUUAAACUGGAAACUCAAAGUAUUGCUAUCAUACCACUUGUCAUCUACGUCAGUGGCUUUGUAUCAUCUUUUUUUAUGACUUUCAUAAACAGGAAGUUAGGGAAUAAGAUAACCUAUGUUUUUGGAGUAUCGUCAGCGAUUGGUGCUUCUGUGUGGCUAUAUUUGGGAUGUAAUGACACUUACCGAUACAGAGAGAUAUAUGCUGUAGCCGUCCUGAUAGGACUAGGAGGUUCUACCAUGCUGAUUACAAGCCUGUCUCUCGUUUCUGAUUUGAUUGGCCAAAACACAUCUAGUGGUGCUUUUGUUUUUGGUGCAAUGAGUUUCUUAGACAAACUUUCCAAUGGGUUGGCUGUAAUUAUUAUACAGGACGUCCAUCCGUGUGUAUGGUGCUGUGAAGGCUGCCAGUGGUAUUAUCAAUAUGUCAUGGUAUUCGCUUGUGGUGGAUCAGCUGUUUUCACCCUCGUCAUGCUUGCUACGUUAUCACGCUCUUCGAUAGGUGUGAAACAGAGAAGAGGUAUUGCUAGAUCAAACCGUGCUGAUAAAGAGAUUGGUUGUAAAAAUGCUGAAGAGUACAUCAGUAGGAAUGGUGCUAAAGGACCUCCUUGUAUGAGAAAUCAGGAUGAUAGUGACACAGAACCUUUGAUUGGAAGCCAAACUUUAAUCAACUGUAAUAAUGUAGAAGAGUACAUCACUAGAAAUGGUGCUAGUGGAUCCUCAUGUAUGACUGAUUGCAACAUUGAUGAUAACAAUGUAGAGCCUCUAACCAGAAGAAGAGUUUCAAUCAACUGAAAUUUUAUAAUUUAGUAUUUGUGGCUAGUUUCUGUUCUUCUGAUCAAUAGCCUUAGAAUGCUAAAAAUAACUGAUUUAAUAACAGUAUAUAAUAAGAAUUAAAUAAUGGCUCAGAAUAGAAACAGUUAUUAUGUGUUAUGAAAUAUAUGCUUUAUAUUUAUCAAAUUUAUUUAUGUAAAAAAAUUUCUAACCUCGUUGGUAUGUAUACAUUUGGUUUAAGCUAGAGAGAAAUGACUAUUGUAUGUAUAGAAAUGUUAAUUAUAUAUAUUUAAGAUAUAUUUUUGACAAUAAAUAUUAAUAUUAAUUUUAAUAUUUACUAAACUCAAAUUGUAAACAUUUUCAUAGUGAUUGAAAGUGGUAUUUUUUUUGUCAAAAUAGUUCUUAAUUUUAAGAUAACUGUAAACUAUGGUGCAAAAUUAAUGUCGAACAUCAUUAAAAGUGGUGCUAGUUGAUCUCCAUGUACGACUGUGAUAGUGGUGAUGACACUGAAGAGUCUAAUCAGAUGACGAGCUUCAAUCAACUGAAAUUUUAAAUUUCAGAAUUCGUGGCUACUUCAGAAUAAAGUAAUAUCCACCAGUUUGCACCCUGAGUAUCAAUAAUAUUUUGAUGUUAAAACUUAUCUACUAACAUAAAAUAUAAUCAAUUAUUAUAUGUUAUGAAAUAAAUGCUUUAUAUUUGUCACAUUUAUUUAUGUAAAAAAAUUCAAACUUUUUUAAUGUAUACAUUUUUCUUCAACUGUAGGAUGAAAAUAACUCCAGGUAUGUAUAGAAAUGUUAAUUAUAUAUUUAAGAUAUAUUUUUGACAAUAAGUAUUAAUUGUAAUAACUCACAUUGUUAUUAUUUUCAAUUGUUUGAAAUUGGUAUUUUCUGUUGUGUAGUUUUAGGUAUUAAAAUGCUGAACAAAAACUGUAUGGGGCAAAAUUAAUUUCAUUUCUGAUUUUACUGUGUUAAAAUUUUCUAAAAACGUUAACUUUACUUUUUUGUACAAUUUAUAUUCAGCAUUUGCGUUAAAAAGUUUCUAAAACUUGUAUGGAUUAUCUUAAUAAUAUUUGAAAAUUUCACUAUCUAAGAAUUUUUUCAAAAAAUUCCUACCUACAACUUUAAAAAAUCUCAACAUUAUUGAAUUAUCAAAGCGAGAACACAAUAGUAAGCACACAAACCUUAUUUAAUGGAUAACAAAAAAUUCGUAAAGAUUCACAUUGUAUAAAGACGAUUGUGAAUAUCACUAUAUUUCCUGUUAGUUACAUGCAUAUUUUUAACAUCAUUUUACAAAAAUCAAACAAUUAAGAGCACAACAUUCAGCGCCCCCUUAUUCAACUAUGAAAAGUAAUCGUUUGUCUGGUUCUUAAUUGACAAAGAUCUAAAAUGAAAGUAAAAUGUAUAUAAGCAAAAAGGAAAUGUAACAUUUGAAAGAAUAUUCAGCAAGUUUAAAUGUGCAAUAUAUGUAAAAUAACUUUAUUAUAUACAUUAUAACUGAUUACAUGUAUGACGUUUUUUAUACACUACAGUGAAUCUAUAUUUCAAGCUUGGUUAAAGAACAAAGGUUUAGCGUAUAUUAAUUAUCUCGGAAUGGGAAACAAUGCCACAAUUAACACAAUUUGUUCUCAAGGUUGCUGAUUACAGUUUGUGGUGGUUUAUUGCUUCUAAACUCUAAAAACGGUAAAUAAAAUGUGGGCUUAUAACGCUAAAACUAGGAUUUUCAACAAGCGUGACUGUGUCAACCGAGAGAAAAAUCACCUUUUACUUAGUUUAUUACGUUCAGAGUAUUUGUUUUUGAUAUUUUAUAUGAUGUACAUUUAAAAGUAGUGGUUGAGUACUAAACUUUAUAAUACGGAAGCUCUACCAAAAGUUGCCGGACGUGUGACGUCACAAUCAUAGUAAAGAUCUCGUAGUUAAAAUGUAAUUUCCAUUUCUGUAACUCCAUUGUAAAUAAAGAAAAUAUAAACAGCA